AAUGUGGAAAGUAAACACAGGAAAAGUUUUUUCAAAAUCGUUGGUUUGGAUUAACAAUUUGUAUUCGCGAUGGAAGUCAUGUGUGAUAGCAACAUUGGUAUAGAUUAUGAAGCCACUGGUAAAUCAAAUGAUUUGGCGGUAAAAAUAAUUCUUCUUGGAGAUAGCGCCGUAGGAAAAUCAAAAUUGAUUGAGCGGUUUUUAUUAGAUGAUUAUAAACCGCAUCAGUUGUCAACGUAUGCUUUAACCCUGUUCCGGUAUAAAACUCAAAUUCAGGAAAAAUCUGUAUCAGUCGAUUUUUGGGACACUGCUGGCCAAGAACGUUUCGAAUCUUUGCAUCCUUCCUACUAUCACCAAGCUAAUUGUGCAAUUCUAAUUUUUGAUACGGUUAGGAAGAUCACAUAUAAAAAUUUAAAGAAGUGGUACGAUGAACUGCGUCAAUAUAGACCUGAAAUUCCCUGUUUCUGUGCGGCCAACAAGAUUGAUGAAAAUUUUGAAGCCACACACAAGAGUUUCGCAUUCCCGACAAAACACCGAUUGCCAUUCUAUUACGUUUCUGCGUCUGAUGGCACAAAUGUUGUAAAGCUUUUCAAUGAUGCAAUUAAUGCAGCAGUCACAUAUCGUAUCAAUCCAACGGACUUAAGUGAUCAAAUUAUGGACGAGCUUGAAGCGUUAAAGUAAAGGUGAAAUCAGUUGAUAUGCCCAGUACGGUUUGCCAUAGUUAAUAGGAAACAAUUUUUUUCUAUUAAUAUUUUCUUGAUUUUUCAAGUGAGAAACAACCUUUGCUUUACUUGUGAAAUAUUCAACCAGUUGUUAGUCGACUCAAUUGAAUUCGUAUAUUUUGUCAGCCAAUAAACUUCUGUUCCACUAUCAAGCUCCAUGUUGUGUAGUGUAUAUAUUCAUAUAGCGAACUUAAAACCUAUUUUCCACUUAUCAAAACAUUAAAAAAAAACGUGUUUUUCCAACAUUCAGCACGUUAUUUCCAGGGUGAAGAAUAUUAAUACAAGAUCUUAAAUGUGCUAAUGAGUGAUAAGCGAAGAAAAUCCAAUGCAAUCCAUAAGAGUGGGAGUUAAACUAAACAGUACUGGCUACUAAUGCAGCUCAAGCACUAUUGUUUCUUAAAUACAAUUUUAAGAAAGUAUUGAAGUUUAACAACCAACGGCGUGCAAAUCAGGUGAUGAAAGCAAUGACAACCACACAUUCGCAAAUUUUGUUCCGAAUUUUAUCCACAACAAUAUAUUGUUACGACACCAAAAAACAAAACGGCCCAGUCUUAGUUGACUGGCCCAUAGUCGAACUACAAAUUGAAUGAUAAGGUAAAAUCACAAAUAAAACGCUGUUGGCUUCAAUUACGUCAGUCACGAUUGUGAAAAUUCUGCGAUGUUUGAAGAUUGAACAGAAGCCACACAGCGGUGGACAUUAUCGACAAAUUUGAACAUGAAGGAUUCAAUACGAUCGCCUGUUGAAUGAAACUCUUUUUUAAACAAGAUUUAAAAAAUUCAUGACCCGCCUAACUAAUACUGGCUAACUAUAUGUAUAUAUAUACGAGUCGG